GACGACUCGAAUCGCUACCGUCCCCCAGAGAAAACACAACCAGUACUGUCGUUCAGGCCAUCCUGCAGGAAUAUUCCGUAUGGAUUGAACGAACCACGGAUCCUGUAACGAAAUCAGGGCAGUAUUUCCUUACGCAGUAGCGCAGGAUUCGUUAUCUAUCUCUCUAAAGAUGAUCGUGGGACCCGUGUACUUCAUCUACCCCCCAUCAUGACUGUUGAUAGUCAGUAUGGACGCCUCACACGGUUAGAAAAGUUGAGACUGUUCGUGGUUCUGACAUCCUUGGUCUUCUAUCUCUGCGGGCAAUCUCUCACUCUAUUGUUUUCCUUCCGGCGAUGCAAGGCUCUCAAGGUCGUCUUGGCGCUUUCAGCAGGUCGAUAUCUCAUGGAUUACUUGAGUUUACGUCAGCUCCAGUACUUGUCGCCGAGAAAUUUGGAACAGUACCUUGGAUGGGCGAAAGAGCGAGGGGUUCCGACUAAAGUCGAGGAACUUCCAGAAAAAGGCGCCAGUCUAAUGUGGAUUAGCACACAUCAAACCGACAACGUUAUCUUCUACUGCCAUGGUGGCGGAUAUGUCCUGCCCAGUUCUCCUGGCACGUUUGACUUUUGUCUAUAUGUGCAGCGGCAACUAGAGGCAGAAGGUGUCCACGUAAAUAUCGCUCUUUUGACCUACAAUCUCAUUCCGGACGUCAAGUUCCCUGAUCCAUUACGUGAAGCAAUAUCCGCGAUCCAUCACCUUCUGAACUGCGGUAUCAAAUCCGAGAACAUCAUUCUUAUGGGAGAAUCUGCGGGUGGGAACCUCGUCCUGCAAAUUCUUUCACACAUGUUACAUCCUUUAUCCUCUGUCGACCCAUUGUCAUCGUCCCUCCGCUUCCGGGGUGCAUGCCUUAUGUCACCAUGGGUCUCCCCCAGCGGUGACGUUUGUGCCGACGAGGCCCAGGCGAACGAUCCCAAGGACGAUGUCAGUGUCCGUACGCUCUGUGAAUGGGGACAGCUAGUCGUCAAGGAUGUCCCGCAUACCCCGGAGGAUAUGGCUUGUGUCGAGCCUGCGGGUGCACCCAAAGGGUGGUUUAAGGACGUGGAGGCGGUGGUUGGAAGGGUGCUUAUGCUUUCGGGCGAGGUAGAGUGUAUGGCUGGCGCACAUCGCUUCUUUUAUGAGGAGCACUUGAAAGACUACCAUCGAGAUGUUAGGAUGGUUGUUCAGCCAGGGGGCGUGCAUGAUGGUAUAUUAGCGGAUUUUAUAGUAGGGAAAGAGCCGUCGGAGGGGAUGACACCUGUGAUCAUAGAGUGGCUGGCUGAAGCUUUCCGUCGUGAGAUGUAAUUCUCGGAUACGCAUCUUUUGCAUCAGUGCCCUAGAGCAAUCGUAUACGCGCAUGCUUAGGGUGAUGCUCGACUGCGCUUCUGCGUAUAUGUAUAUCAUCGGUCCUUGUCAGAUACCGCUACAUAGAGUAGUAUAUUUUAUCAAAGAGGUCCUACCGUUGUUUUGACGCCAAUGACGUGCUACUGCAUCCGAGGGAAUCAAAAGCGCCAUUCACUGAGUUAUUCUAGACAUAUUGAAUGAGGCUAGCUUUGACGACAGAGGUGGCACUCUAAUGGUGGUGGCGUUUCAGUGGGACCACGAGUAGUAUAAACGUUCAGGUGGGGU